AUGAAGCCAGAAAAGAGAAGCGCUGGAAGUCGGAAAAUGAAGUGGGUAAACUACUACGCAGUUCUGAACUCCGUUGCCUUCCAGUUGUUCCCUGACGAAAAGCCACAUUCAGCUGCUGUCAUGUCGAUAGAUACCCGCCAACUAUGUCAUGUUCGGUUGGUUACGGCAGCCGAUGUCCGUGUUGCUGAUGCGGAACAGAUUAGAAGGAUAUUCCAUAUUAUGUUCGAUGACCGUGAUAGUGGCUCUACAAGUCGAAAUGCCUCAACAAAUGAUUUGAGCGUCACGUCGGCUUCACAGAAAGAUGAAUCCUGGAAGAGCCAUGACUUCCAAGAGUUGACGUUCCAUAUGAGCACCUACUGUGAUAUAUGUAGCAAGAAGCUAUCCGAUCUCGUCCGACCACCACCAGCUUAUGAAUGCAAAAACUGCCGGUUGAAGAUUCACAAAGAUCACGUCAAUACACCGCAAUUGACUGUCUGUAAAUACACUGGUGUUGUUCGAGAAUGGUUAUUGAUGGCGUUGACAAAAGAAGAAUGCAAUCAAUGGGUGAGCCUGCUGCAGAGAGUGAUGGCGACGCAGAGCUCCAAUCCGAUAUCCCGUGUGUCGUCGAAAAUUUCGCCCACCAACCGUUCGCACUCACACGCAUUCAGCGCCAGCAUCAAUCUCGCUCGCUCUCGCCGGGUGGGAUUCGCGUUGGAAUCAUGCCAAAGUUCUUUGUUGAAAGCCUUUCAUCUGGCUCUAGAGAAAGGCAGAAUUUCUAACGCAUUUAGUAUCGAUGAUAUUUGA